AUGGCCAAGCGCGCCAACCUCAACAGCGCUCUACUGGCGCUGUCCAACGGGCUGCCGUACAGAGUCGCCAGGUACAACCGACGAGACAGAGUGCACGAGAUCGUCGCUGUUCAACCUGGUGAUGGCUGCGUCCGGAUCAUGCAGUCGUUGGCGAGCUUUCUCGGCCACAACCGCGUGCCCACAGACAUUCAUGCCGAGGCGGUUCAAACACCAUCACAGCUGAGAGGGCAGUUCCCGGGGUCGGCUCUGUGGACAUCGUCUCUGUUCAAGACCGGGGAUGAGCAGCUGCAAGACGGUGAGUGGCAGCUUCGCGUGGGUCGCUGCCCGGACUGCUGGGACGGAGACACCCUUGACGAUUCCAUCGACUGCUCCCAGUACCUCCGGGUACCCAUGGUAGCGAGUUGUGGCGUUGGUCGCUUGAAGGGCGGCGACGUCAAGUCCGUAACGAAACCUGGGCCGCGUGACGAGUGGGCACUCGGGAGUGGCGGGGGAGACAACGUGGAGGUGCACAAACAACCUUCCGCCGGUUCGAGACGGGGCGUGCGGAUCCUCGGGAGCUCAACCUCGUAA